AAUGUUUCAUAGGUGGAAGUGAAAAAGCUAGGAUGACCCCAAUGACCUGAUGCAAUCGCGCCUUAGAUUUGUGCAUGCACGCUAGCUCUGUGUGUACAAUUUUGCACAUACUAAAAAACAUGAUUGAAUAAGACACAACGAUUACGAAAUACUCUCCAAAGUGUGAUUAAAAUGGCGUCGAUAUUUUCAAGUCAAUACUACCCUGAAUGCUUUGAAACUGAAGAAUCAUAUACAGAGAAUUUCACAACGUGGGACCGAGCCGAUAAAGAGACUUUGAGUGAAUAUUCGGCAGGACGAAUGGACAAUUUUUGUCAACGUGGUCUUCUGCAUAGCCAUAGGACAGCGGUUAAAGUCGACCGUUUAGACCCCUUACUUCCUGUUCAGUUUCUUCAGAUUAAUUCCUCUCUGAUUGACGGAAUACAGACCAGACCUGUGUCAAGUAAGCAAUAAUGGAUUAAUUACAGUGACUUGUAUUACUCCAGUGGACACGAAAUCCCUGCUAACCACUUUUCAAGAUGGAGGAAUUCGAGAGAGUGCGACCACCGCCCAUCGGCAUAUGGCAGCAGAAACAGUGUAGAAAUCGUCCUGGAUGGUUUUCCAAAAGUUCACAUUCCUACUGCAAAAACGAUGUUAAAACAACUAAUUUUCAUCAUCAGAAUAGCCUUGGAAAAGCCGCAUCCCUUAUGAGACUUAGCAGCACAGGAGAUACAGUUGAGGAUAUAGCAGAUUUUAGGAACUUUGAUCCAUCAAUUAUUCGAGGGAGUGAGUCGAGGCCGGCUGGAAUUUUUGACAGAAUCACAAAGUUUGCUGUGUCAGCAUCUAACAACAUAACAAGAGGUUCAUCAAUGAGUUUAACACAGAGGCUACCAGGGAAACCUGUUGAAAGUCGAGUCGAUCUCAACAUUCUGAACGAAAAGUUUGAUCCGUCAAAAAUAGAAAUGGAACGUCCUCGAAUACAGAAUGCGUGGGUCGUGCCCAUGGCCUGCCCUCAACCGCAGUUGGGUAUGAUGAACGGUUUUGUGAAAGAAGGAGUUUAUCACCCGUUUCAGCGACGCACGGACUACCCAGACAGACAACCUGGUAUGGACGCUUUCAGUUUCUUAAACGUCGGGCCGUCUAAUCAUCAGGCGCAUCACUAUCGCAAUCAAGUACACCCCUACCAGAGGUGGAAUCAUCAACUACAUGUACCCAAUCGACACCCCCUCGCGAAUUCGGUUUCUCGUCACUUGGACUCUAUUUCCUGCAAUCCGUUACUUGCCUCGCCGGGAACGCCAAACUCACAGAGAGCUAAGAUUAGCGACUCCACCCGCUUUCGGGAUAAGUUUGUUGAUCCGAAGUUCCAACCCCAGAGUCAUAAAGGUUAUACAGAGGCCGAAGGUCAAGAUAGAGGUCACAUAAACCAUGUGAUGAAACAACAGCCAAUGAUGAGUCAUCGACAAAAUCAAAACAAAUCGUCAGGAUAUGUGUCUGCGAUGCCCAAUCCAGGAAAUUCCAAUCAACUUAAUAAUAGAACACCAAACCGAUGCACUCUGAAAAACCACAACAGCUGCGCUUCAUCCAAGUCGGGCAAACCCACGACAGUUUCUUCAGGGUGCAUUUCUUCAAAAUCGCCAGAGCAUCAAACCUUGCAACAAUCUGAUGAAAAGGUCAUCAGGAAUGAACAGUUAGUAAGACCCAGCGAUGACAAUGAUGACCAGCCAAAACAAGUGCUUAAAGUAGAUGAUGUCAAAGGUCGGACAGAAUUAAAAGCAAACCAAGCCGGAGAAUUAGAGUCAAAUGUUGCAUCAUCUGUUGUGGACGAACGCUGGGAAACAAAUCACCAUAAAACAGCUGAACCGGAUACCAACCAACAAGGCACGGAGGCAAAGUCCACUGAUGAUAAAGAAACUAGCUCGACAACCCAAACAAGACCAUGUGAUGAAAAUAAAAACAAACAGCCAUGUGAUUCAAACAUAAACACCACAGAAGAGGAUAAACUCAGAAAAGUACCACAAGACAAAUCGUCCAAUGAUUUAUCCACAAAUCAUAACUCGACCCCAUCCUCCAAACCACUCCACGAGUCUCUCGCAUACAUCCUCGCUGAAACUGUCUGCGACGACGUUAGCGAUUCGGACUGGGACGUCGAAGACUCACCUCCAGAUAACUGCGACUUCUUGAACUGUUGGAACGACCCGUACAAUCCUCUGAAUGGCUGGAAAUGUGAGAGUUACUCGACCAAACAAACGACCCCGGAACCAGUCAAGCAUGACUCGUCGCUCAGAGAUGACGAGUUGGACUCCGGGAUAUACUCGCUGCAGGCUCAGCAGGAUGAAGCGGACAGUGUGAGCGACAAUGAACCGGAGAGUGAGGAAUGGAUUGACCAAGACUCAAAUAUCUCAAACUCAAGUGAGAAGUGCCUCACUGAACAAUUGAAUUCACUCAACUUGGUGUCGGACGAAACAAAACAAAGUUUGAAUAAAGUACAGACUCAAGAAGUUGAUGAUUUCGAUGUUGCCGGCAGACCAAGUGAAAAUUCCAUUGAAAAUUCCAGUGAAACGGACAAGUCCGUCUCGUCUAAAUCCUCAAUGCUUCAUCCGUCUGUUUUGUUUAUACUCGGCAUCAAUGAAACGGAUUCCGAUGAUGAUGAUGACGACGAUGAUUUUGAUGAUUUUGAUAAUUGUUCUUCUGACGCCAAGCGUGAUGUGUCGUGGGACCCUAUUCAACGAAUCCAUGAUCCGUUCAACCCACUACAAGGUUGGAAGUGUACGUUGGCGACACCCCAAGCUAAGGCACAUGCCACGCCCCCUCCUCUAACCAUCACGUGUACAAUACCAGACAAUUUGAGCACAGACAUUGAUUCGUGUCAAGAGACCACAAACUCUAUCGAAGAAGCAAGGCCUCGAAUGCCGGCGACAACAGCGCCCUCGACCGCCGUUGGUAAACCAACUCUGAAGCAUGCACCAAGUGCGGGAUGUUUGAGCAACUUGUCGGAGACAUUGCGAUCGGGAUUGUCCAGUGUUGUCAAGAAGGUGCAUUUCUGCAAAGGCUCUCCUAUAUUCAUCAGCCCAGAGAUUCCAAUGUGGAUGUCGGAGUACUGCGCCAGCCGCAAAGGACCCUGGGAAGAGAUGGCGCGGGAUCGCUGCCGAUUCAUGCAUCGUGUCCGUACCACUGAGGGAAUGAUCGGUCAUGUGUUCGAACCGGAACAUCGAGAGCGAGUUCAGAAGCGCCUUGAAGCUUGUUGAUGGUCUUGUACGCAUACAUGUACCUGUUUUUUAGUAAGUUAGUUGGAAAAAGAUUUGUUUGAAGGCACUGAACAUUAUUUUUUGGUAAUUUGCAAAGACCUGGGGUGGAUUUCACAAAGAGUUAGGACUAGUCUUA